UGGUGAAAAACGUGCGUUCAUCUCGUGUGGUGUGUCAGUGUCAGUGCCAAACAGACCGACCCAGCGCGAAGAAGAGCACUCGGCUGUUUUUACAGACAUUGUAGAGGAAUACACAAAGCGAGUUCGGCGUGCACGCAUGCAUUAAUGUAUGUGUGUGGGUGUGCAGAUAUCUGGAGGUUUUCGAGCAAUUCAAAGUGGACCGCUGCUGAUGGAGCUGCUGGCACACUGAGGCUGGGGUGUGACUUGUGACUGCCUGCAUUGUUGCACAUGUUUCCUGGGAUGAAGUAACUCUCCUCAUUCAUCAAAGGAAUAAUUGAUAAGCUCUUCUUUUCGCUCUCAAUGGUGCUUGAAGGCAGAGAGAUGGACCGGAUCGGGAAUACCAUGCAGAAGAAGGCUGCAGAGCUGGAGCGGCUGGCCGAGGUGCUCGUCACUGGAGAACAGCUGAGGCUGCGGCUCCAUGAAGGGAAGGUGAUCAAGGAUCGGCGGCACCACCUGCGAACGUACCCAAACUGCUUUGUGGCCAAGGAGCUCAUUGACUGGCUGAUUGAACACAAGGAGGCUACAGACCGAGACACUGCCAUCAAAAUUAUGCAAAAACUUUUAGACCAGAGUAUCAUUCACCAUGUGUGCGACGAGCACCGGGAGUUUAAAGACCUGAAGCUGUUUUACCGCUUCCGAAAAGACGACGGCACGUUCCCGUUGGACAGUGAAGCCAAAGUCUUCAUGAGGGGGCAGAGGAUCUAUGAGAAGUUGAUGAACACAGAAAACAACCUAUUACAAACCAGGGAGGAAGAGGGCGUGGCAUUCGAGCGGACGCUGGUGGCAUCAGAGUUUAUCGACUGGCUGAUUCAGGAGGGUGAGAUGGCAACCAGGGAGGAGGCAGAACAGCUGGGACGGAGGCUUCUUGAACAUGGCAUCAUCCAGCAUGUCACCAACAAGCAUCACUUUGUCAACGGGCCCCUACUCUACCAGUUCAGGAUGAAUUUCCGGCGACGCCGGCGAUUGAUAGAACUUCUUCACGAGCGUGGCCGCAGCAUCCCAGAGAGUCAUGACAGCCCCUUCUGUCUCCGCAAACAGAACUCAGACGGAGGCAACACAAGCUUCCUCUCAGUGAGUCCCACUAAAGAGAUAAAGGUGGUGGUCGGAGUUCGGCGGAGCAGCAUGAGCAGCAGCUGUGGCAGCAGCGGUUAUUACAGCAGCAGUCCUACGCUCAGCAGCAGUCCACCUGUCCUCUGCAACCCCAAGUCAGUUCUGAAAAGGCAAGUGAGUCCAGAGGAGCUGCAGAAACCAGGAGGACCUUUUCUAAAGAAGACAUUCACUAUUGUAGGUGAUGCUGUGGGCUGGGGCUUUGUGGUGCGAGGCAGCAAACCCUGUCACAUCCAGGCUGUGGACCCUGGCGGACCUGCAGCUGCUGCUGGCAUGAAGGUGUGCCAAUUUGUGGUGUCGGUGAAUGGACUGAACGUCCUCUCUCAGGACUACCGGACCGUCAGCAGCCUGAUCCUAACUGGACCCAGGACAAUCGUCAUGGAGGUGAUGGAGGAGGCAUAGGUUUGAAGAGAGCAAUCCUUCAUAGAAGAAUAGUGCAGGAAUGACGUGGGGGGGAGCUAGAAGGUUUAGUACUUGACCUCAAAACCACAGCGACAACUUGAAACGCAACUGACACUGUCUCUGUUUCAGCAUUGUUUGGACAAGAUGGACGACUGAGAGACUGAAUGGGUUUAAGAAUGUGGGGAUUCAAGUCAAGUCUGUGAUUCAGCCUGUUGACAAAACAUACAGGUUGUACCUCAUUUUUUUCAUGGGAAACAGCUCAGGAGCCACCCCUUCUACAGAUGCCUCAUUCUUAAUGAGGAGGCCCCAGACUUUAUGUGUGGAACAAGAAGACCCACAUUCACUGUUUUUGCUUGAGUUUUGAACCAGAACUGAAUCAUGAAUCCGUGUCUGAAAAUGAUGAGUAGUGUUUAAGGGACGUCCAAGGAUGAGCGAUAAAGUUAAAAAGUAGGAGAUAAAGUAGAGAUAAAACUGUAAUAAUAAGGAAGAGUAUUUCAUGCCGACACAUCCCGUGACCCUUCCCCCAGUUAGUUUCCAACCGUGGCUCAACACUGUUCUCUGCUGGAAAAGACAGGAAGACACACAUAGACAGGAGCAUUUCUACCACAACUACAUAAAUCACAAGGUUUCAGGGUGUUUAAUUGUGUUUCCCCUUGUUUGGGGAACCACUGUGUUAAAUAGAAAACAUUCUACCCUUGUUGUGUGAAAGCAAUAACUAUAUGUAGCUGCUAGGAAUUAGUUAGUUUACAUAAUAAAAAUGCAGUGAUAAACUCUACGUGACAUUAACAGGCACAAUGUAUAUAGAAAAGUUAUGAAAUACUUUACGCACAAACAACAUCUAAGAACAUCUUUGUGAAUAAUUGUUUUUUAAAUUACUCCCAAUCUCAAUUAGUAUAUUUUAGUAUUUUGUGUUUUUUUUUUACCAGGAACUCCCACAGUGACAUAAGAUGUCAUUAUUUGUAAGAGUUUGUUUAAAAGAAUAAGAACCCAGAGAGUAAAUCUUGUUCUCAGCUCUAAAAUACUAUUAGGAAAUGGAAAGUGUUGCAUUUAUUGCCUAAAAGACAAAAAAAAUUAAACACACCAUAUCAGUGGCAAUGCCAAAUAAGUCCUAAACUAUGAUUCGAGUCAUGUUACGCUAUCCAGAUUUAAUUUGGAAACUUACAAGAUUUUAUUGUAGCGAACAGCAGAUACAGUUGACCUUAAAUAUAGAAAAUGUAUCUAUAUAUUCUUUGAUGUUUGAAGAACAUUAAAGGGAUAGAAUGAGUGUUUAAGCUCUUAAUUUACAAAAGCACUUUUAUUAUUAUAUAUAUAUAUAUAUAUAUAUAUAUAUAUAUAUACUACUAAAUUGAACUUGCCUCCAAUGUUCUGGAGUAGCAGCAGAAAACAAGCACAAACUUUUGUAAUUAUUUUUUAAUUAAUUUUAUUGAAAUGACCCUAAAAGUUGGGAAAUUUAGGGUUAGGGGUUAGGGUUAGCCUCUCUACUUACCAGGCUGUGCGCACUCAGCCCGUGCACUUACUUGGCAUGAAAAUGUGUUUUAGGGGAGUGGCUUUUAAAGGGAGGUGUGAAGGAAGGGGGUGGGAUUUUUUUGGUUGGAUACUUAAAAAAUCAACCUUUUCUCACUAGUUUCUCCGAGUGGCCAACCCCAGCUUUAAAAGAAAAUCCCCUUUUGAGUUAAAGCAGGCUUGAGGUUAAGAUAAAUUGCUGUGUACAUCAUUAGCCUCCAAAAUAAUAACAUCUGAAUUAAAUAUAUGUUUACAGAUCGUGCCAUCAUGUGCUUAGACAUACUAGCAUGAGAAUAUCACAUUUAAAACUUCAUGAUAAUAAAAAGAAGAGCAUGAUAAGUGAUGACAUUGCUCACACAGUAUGUGUCAGUAGUCCAUGGUUGAUUCCUGAGUAAAUACGUUUAUUUUUGUUUGUUAUUGUUUGUUUUAGUCCAAACAACACUGCCUGGUUUGUAGGAGGUGUACUGGGUUUAGUCCUGAAGUGAAAUUAUUACUUAAAAACUUAAUACAAAUGCAGUACACUGAACUUUUUCUAUUCAAGAUGAGCAAAUAUUCAAGAAAUCCUUAUUGCCAAAAGUAGAAUUAACACAUACUGUAUAUCACAGUAAACUGCCUCCAAGUGAGUUAUUCAGUGUAAAUCUGAUUAAUUUUUUUCAAUGUGCUUUGAUGUUGCUUUGAUGUUGUAAGCAGUGAAAUGCAUGAUUCCCUGUAAAUCUGUGUUUAUGUAGCAUUAGCUUCUAAUCCAAAGCGCUUCUUCGGUCUGUUGACUUGUAGGACUGAGUUAUCUGACAAAUCAUUUCAGAGGUAAAGUAUAUUUGAGUCUUAAGAAGUCUGUUUCCACUUUCAGGAGAAACAGAACAGAACAAAACCUCCUCAGUGGUGUAAAUAAGAAGUUUAAGAAAUUGUUAUAGAAUAUUUUAGAGGUAAGUAGACACUGGCGAUGUUCUCUGGUUGACUCUGCCACAUUCAUGACAUUUUGUUUUAAGUUGCUGAUCUCAAAACUGAUGUUGUUGGAUGAUGCCAUACAAUGUUAAUACAGUUCAUGUAAAGUUCAUGGAUAUUUUAUUGGGAGGGUUUGCUGUGUUUGGUGACCCCGGCCCAUUUUCAGACACAUAUUUCAAUAUUCUUUGAUACUUGGAAGUUUGAAACUUUUGUUCCUCACUGCCAUUCAGCAGGUAAACACGACAACACGGACUGUUCAGCAUUAACCCUGAAAGCCUUUGCCUUAAUACCUUAUUUCGCUGCUAAUCACAGUUGGUGGUCAUCUAAACUGUUCUGUUCCCAUCUCUUUUACCUCUGACUUUCUGCAUUUAAAGUGCUCGUUGCUCCAGGCAAUCAUGCGUCAGUUCUAUUGACAAUCAGUGUUUCAUGGACACCACCUUUAAAUAGCACCACAGCGUUUUUUUUGUUUUUUUUUAAAGCAAUGGUUAGACAGAAUGUAUUUUACCACCAUCUUCUUCAUUCUGCUGUUCAUAGUGUCAUUUUUAUACUUCAACUUUAAUGAUUGGUUCGUUCAGUUAAAGGGAUUCUUCACUUUAUGUUCACCUCGUGAGGCCAGAGUGAGUGGCUCAGCAAGUACACCUGUGUGUUUAGUUUCUCCGCUAUCAGAGAUUGAAUGUUGGGUUUGACGACGAUAUAAGCUCACAGUACCACAGUCUGUUUUUGACAAAGCAGCUAUAGCUCAUUUGAUGUUCAGAUGUAUAAAACAGUUGAUUAAGUGUUUAAUAAACAAACUGAUUCUACUCUGA